CUUACUUUCCUCGUUUGAUGUGACGUCAGUGGAAGUGGACACGCCCCUUUCCGGCAGGUUGUUUUGGCUCCGUUAUGUUUAUACAGGUGAUUUAUUCUGCCUCUGAAAAGCUCGAACAAAUCGCAAUCAUGAACUACUUUGGUCUACUGCUGCUCUUUCACGUUGCCUCUUCGGUGAAACAUUCCCUGAGAUAUUUUCUUACUGCUACCUACGGAGCUGAAGACUUUCCAGAGUUUGUUGGUGCUGCAACAGUAGAUGAAGUUCAGAUGGGAUACUGUGACAGCAACAUCAAGACAGCCAAGCCCAAACAAGACUGGAUGAGGAAACUGAUCGAAAGGAAUCCUGAGCACCUGGAGUGGUAUUCUCAGAAGUGUCUUAGAUGUCAGCAUGUCUUCAGGGCAAACAUUGAUAAUUUGAAGCGACGCCUAAACCUCACUGAAGGUCCCUACAUUUUACAGAGAAUGGAUGGCUGUGAGUGGGAUGAUGAGACUGGAGAUUUUACAGGAUUUAAUCAGUAUGGUUUUAAUGGUGAGGACUUCUUAGCUCUGGACCUGAAAACACUGACAUGGAUUGCUCCAAACCCACAAGCUGUGCUCACAAAACUCAUAUGGGAUGCUGAGAAAGCUAGAUUAGAACAUAACAAAAACUAUUACAGCUACGAAUGUCCUGACUGGUUGAAAAAUUAUAUUCGCCAUGGAAAGAGCUUUCUGCAGAGGACAGAAAGCCCCUCCGUAUCUCUGCUCCAGAAAACUCCCUCCUCUGUGGUCAGCUGCCAUGCUACAGGUUUCUUCCCUGACAGAGCUGAAAUGUUCUGGAGAAAAGAUGGAGAACAGAUUCACAAAGAUGUGGAGAAAGGAGAGAUCCUCCUGAACAAUGAUGGGACCUUCCAGAUGAGUGUUGAACUCAAUGUGUCAUCAGUCCCACCUGAAAGCUGGAAGCGAUACGACUGUGUGUUUCAGCUUUCUGGUGUUGGAGACGACAUAAAAAUCACUCUGGAUAAAUCUGCCAUCCGUACAAACUGGGCUUAUUCUCCAGAAUUUCCAGCUGCUCCUGUUGCAGGAAUUGUAGGAGGAUUUCUUCUCAUUCUUCUUCUUCUGGGAAUUGCUGUAGUUGUCCUCCGGAUGAAGAAAAGUACUGAUGAGGAAAAACAGUAUUCUGAUUUCCAGCUUGCUGAUGGAGAGGAUUAAAAGAUGAAGAUUGAUUGUGAGGAGAGUCAAUAAAUUGACCCUUUCAGAAACAUCUCUGACUUCACACAUUCAAUGGCUUCAUAUCCAAAGAGAGCUAAUACUGGUACUGCGUAAAAGGUUUUUGGUGUACAAUUAAGCUGGGUCCAACGAUAUACACAAAGAUGGAAAAUACACUGGAUUAGACAUAAGCUUCACUUAGUGAUGACGACCAGCCAUGUCUGGUCAUCAGUCAUAGUGAGAGGGGCUAUGAAUGAACAGUUUCUGAUGCAACAACCAAAACAGUUGUUUUGUUGAUGUUGGAGCUUGACCAAUUAUGUAUGUAAUGCCUUUACUAUAUAGAUGUGUGUAUAUAUAUAUUUUUUAGCAAAGUUUAGCUUUUUUAUUGCUUUUUUAUGCAUUUUAGUCUCGCAAAUGUGACAAUGACAGUAAAGUUUCUUUUGUUGGGGACUGAAACCUUUCACUUAGUGUUUCAUUCCUCUGAUUGUGGAAAAACGAAAAGUUCAAGUCAUUCUUUCAUGAACAGUGUUUAUCUUCAGCAGAUUUUACAUGUGCAACAUGUUGUCUUAAUUUCAUAUUCAUUGGUAUCAGACGCAAAUAAAUUGCUUUCACCUUUCAUGGAAUUUUUAAAAUAAUUAAUAUCAAACUUUUCAUGCUUGUGAAAAAAGGAAAGUUCUAAAAUGGAAUUGAAUAACUCAUCGUAAGAAACAACUGCAAAUGUAUUAGUAAAAACACAAAUAGAUAUUAUUUACAAAAGUUGUUCAUUGCAAAAAUUUGUCAGAAUUUGGACAACUUGAAGAUAAAGGUGAAACAAUUGUGUCAGAAGUAACAAUGAAGCUUGUAAAACAUAAGAAUAUUUUGAUUCUGCGUAACUGAAACAUAAAGAUGUUGCACUCCAACACAGCCUGGCUGAAACUAGAAUAUAACAGCAACUUUUCAAAACAUGUUUUCAAUUUGCCCUAAUGAAUUACAUAAUGUGGCUUAAAACAUUUUACAUUUAGCCUCAUUUCAAUUAAACUGUUUAUGCUGAUCAGCCAACAAUUGAAACCACAAAGAAUAAAAUGAUUAUUAAUUAUUAUAAUUAUUAUUAUUAAUAAAAUGAGUAAUCUUCUUGCAGUGCUAUCUGCAUAUUUUCUUGUCAUUGUACUCAUAUUUAUAAAAACUUAAGAUGACAACUUCACACAGUGGAAGUUGAAAACAUUUUGGGAACAUGAAAAGACAAAUUACUAAUCCGACAUGUCCAAUUUUCUAUAUAGGCUGAGGAAAAUAUUUAUUUUUGAUAUAUUUCUACAAUGGCUAUUUUUGUAAGAAACUUUGCUUCUGUUUUUGUAUAGUAGCCUCUUGAAAAAAACCAUAAUUAUUUCUGUUCUAAACUGAGGCGAGAAAUCCUAAUAAUUAAAGGUCCAAAUUCUUAA